UAGAAUUAAUUUAAAAAAAAAAAAAACAAAAUAAUAAAAUAAUUACUAAAUGGACCUAAAUUACAAAAAUUUAACAUUUUAUUUAUAUCACCAUCUAAAUUGUUAUAGUUAAAAUCAUAAUUGCGACAAAAUGGUUGUUGGAGAGAUUUUUUAAACCCAUAUAUAUUACCAUUCGUAAAAGUAAUGAAUAAUUUUCAAUCACAUUACCUUGAUUUUUCACCACGGCAAAUCCAUUCAUUAUCCAAACCAGAAGGCCUUGGAAGGUCCUAGAAGCUGGAGUCUGUUCCAACCCCCACCAAGUAUUGCUUCCUUUUAACUCCAUCUCCACUCUUCUUCUCUUCAAUUUCACUCACAAUCUCGCCGGAGCUUUCAGAUCCUCACCCACGAUGUCCAUCAUUCCAAUCGCCGGCCAAGACGGCCGUAUUUCCAGCACUUCUCCUUCAAACAUCCUCAAUCGCUUCCCAAAUUUCCCCUUCCCUCUUGACCUAUGGCACGGUUUCCCUUUCCCUUCCUCAAUCUCCGAUCCCUUCUCUUGGGGAGGCAACGUCAACACUCAUCUCGACUGGACUGAGACACCCAACGCUCAUGUCGUCAGAGCCUCACUUCCCGGCUUCGGCAGUGAAGACGUUCUCGUCGAGCUUCAGGAUGAUCGGAUGCUUCAGAUCAGCACCGAGAGCGGCGGCUUCGUUAGCAGAUUCAAGAUUCCGGAGAGUGGGAAAAUCGAGGAGUUGAGUGCGUUUAUGGAUUUUGGGAUUCUUACGGUGUUUGUUCCUAAAGAAGAAGAUGAUCGGAGCAGACGCGAUGUCCGAGUGGUGGAGAUUACUGGGGAGUAGAGUUCGCCACUGUACACAAGUAAGAAUCUAAAUUUUAAUGUUCUGUUUAGGAUGAGAAUCUGUUUGUGUGUGGAUUGUACUGUACUUCGAGGUCGGGAUUGCUCACCAUGUGUUUGAUAAAAUGUUUCUGUGGCUGUGGUUUUGUAAAUGUGUAGGUUCUCUUGUUUAUCUUAUAAUGUAAACGUAUAUCAAUAAAAUUAGGUGACGGUUUUCUAUUUA